AUGCAGAGCAACCCUAUGGAUGAAUUCUGUGAUUGCAUGGACGAAUGGAGUCGUGGCGAAGGAGAAUCCCGUCGCCAUGCUUUCGAUCUUGGACAAAUGCUAUUAAAAGCGAAUCCGAGUUCAAGAGGCCCUGAUGGUUCCGCUCGCGGAAUCUUCAUCAUCGGGGAUCAAAGCUCAUCGAAGUCUACCACGGUGAACAGCAUCAUUCGACAAGUUGCUCUUCAGAUGGGCAACAACACAGUCACUAAAAUUAGAACUUGGAUUGAACAUCGAUAUGAUCCUAAAUUGCAAGACGCAAAGUAUGAACUACUGGUAGAACAUGAUACGGCAGAGGAUGUCGAAGUGCGUGUUCGGGAUGGUACUUUGCAGGAGCUAACCAGAGAAUUCACGAAACUCAACAAGGAUCGCAUGGAUGAUAGAAAGGAUGCCAAAAUUGUCAUUCACUCAAACAUUCCGUCUUUUGCAAUUGACUGUUGUGACAAUCCAGGGUUAACGCCGACCAAUGCUGAAACGCAGAGAGUCACAGACAAUAUUACGCGUCGUACGUUAGAUACAGUACUGAAUCGUCAGAGAUCACAAAAUGAUAGUGUAGUGGUGUUGUGCAUUUCAGCACUUGUGUUCGAAAAUGCCUCGUGGCCAAGGCAUAUGGACCUGAUAGAAGAGAUUAAUGGAGAUAAUCUGAUAGUCCUCAUAACGAGAAUGGAUCAACUCAAUGUUGGUGGAAUUGCACAGGAGAUAAAGGCUGAUGAGAAUUUUCGAAAAAC